AUGUCAAGUAAGGGCAGAAAAAAACGAAAUACUCGUAGGCAAAGGUAUGAGGACAAUGAGGAGGAUGCCCAAAGUGAAUUCAACUACAUGUCAGAAAGGGAUUCUAGAAAGACUGAAGGUGAGUCACUAGGUUUUGCAUUGGGACAGACAAACCGAGAAAAUAAUGCAGUAAUGUGUACUCCUACUCCUAUGAUAAAUCUGACGUUACCAACUCCAGAUACCUUCUCUUUUACUCCGAAUGAGUGGCAUUCCUGGAGGAAUCGCUUUCAAAGGUACAGACGGGGGUGCGGUCUAGAUAGCACUUCCGACGCUCGGCAAAUCGAUGUACUUUUGUUUACAAUGGGUAGUAGGAGUGAAGAUAUUUUCGAUUCGUUUUCACCAAAACCGAAUACUUAUGACGAGGCUCUUCGGGCCUUUGAUGCAUACUUUGUGCCAAGACGAAAUAUCAUUUAUGAGAGAACAAAAUUUCUGAGACACAAGCAAGGGAGUGAUCCAUCUGAAAAAUUCAUAACAGAUUUGCAUGGUCUUGCAAAAACGUGUGCAUGGGGUGAACUGAACGAUGAGAUGGUGCUUCUGGUCCUCAUUAUUGGUAUGAAAGAUGAGGCUCUAAGUGAUAGACUCCAGCUGGACUCUCAAUUGACUCUGGAGAAGGCGAUUAAUACCUUGCGCCAACACGAGGAGCUAGAACGCCAAAAACGUGAGCUCGCCAAUACUAAUGUUUUUAUGGUGAAUCAAACGUCAAUACAAGUCGGUAAAACAAAUCUGUCUGAAAGAGCUGGUGAACAGAAAUUCACCGAGGAUGCUAUGAGAAAAAAGUGCAGGAAAUGUGGUUAUAACUGGCACGGAUCACUGGCCGAAUGCCCUGCUAGGAAAGCCAAAUGUGACAAAUGUUCCGAGAUUGGACAUUUUUUUCGAUGUUGUCCCUCCCGCGAAAAGUGGAUGAGAAAAAACAAAAACGUUGUUAAGGAAAUCGAACAGCAAGAUUCAGACAGUGGUUAUCAACAGGUUCCUGAGAUUUUCAUAGGGAAUAUAGACAGCAGUGACAAAGCCUGGGUCCAGGAGGUAAAAGCAAGCUGUGGAAACCAAGAUUUAGGUCUUAUAAAAUUUAAACUUGACACAGCAGCUGAUGUAACCAUGAUUCCAGUAGGAGUUCUUGGUGAUUUUAUUAAGACUCUGCCUCUAGGAAAGUGCAAAUCCCCUGUGUUUAGCGCAAAGAAGAAAGAACGAAUCAAUAUUUUGGGAACUUUAAGGCUAAAGCUUGAACAUAAGGGUGUAUCAGUUUAUAAUCUUGCGUAUAUUUCUGAGGAGAUCACUGUUCCACUUCUUAGCAGACGUUCCUGUGAAGAGCUGAACCUGGUGAGGAGAAUCUUUUCUGUAGAUUCACAUGAUAUUGACUGGGCUACUAAGUAUCCUAAUUUAUUUCAAGGGCUGGGAAAUAUGAAAGGAGAGUACAAGAUUGAAAUGAAGGAGAAUGCAGUUCCUUACGCUAUAUCCACCCCCAGGGUUGUACCAAUACCUUUAAAAACGAAGGUGAAAGAGCAGUUAGACGAUAUGCUUGAGAAAGGAGUGAUUGUUCCAGUUGAACACGCGACUGAUUGGUGCGCACCAAUGGUAGUUUGCGCAAAAAAGGGAGGUGGGGUUAGGAUCUGCGUAGACCUAUCCAAACUCAACAACAGUGUGAAACGUCGGUUUUAUCCUAUCCCAAAGAUCGAACUUUCAUUGGCCGAGAUCGCGGGAGCCAAGUACUUCAGCAAGAUCGAUGCGAAUUCCGGGUUCUGGCAACUGAACCUUGCAGAGGAGUCACAAGAUUACACAACAUUUAUCACCCCUUUUGGGAGGUAUAAAUUCCGUAAGUUACCUUUUGGAAUUACGUCCGCUCCUGAAGAGUUUCAGCGCCGCAUGUCAAAAGCUUUAGAAGGGGCAAAGAACUGUUUAGUGCACAUUGAUGACUGUCUGAUAUGGGGAAGAACGAAAGAAGAACACGACGAGUGUCUUAGGGCCGUUCUAGAGAGAGUGCAAGCUAAUGGAAUCACCUUGAAUAAGCAGAAGUCGGAGUUCUGCAAGAAGACUGUGACAUUUCUGGGGUUUGUGCUGUCUAAGGACGGAAUCAAGCCUGAUCCAAGCAAGGUACAAGCGAUUGUGGACUUACCAGCUCCAAGAAACGCUAAUGAAGUACAAAGAUUCAUGGGCAUGAUCACUUUUCUGGCAAAAUUUAUUCCGAACCGCAGUGAGAUUUUGGAGCCAAUUACGAGCUUGUUAAAGACUAAAAACGAUUUCCUUUGGGGACCAGCUCAAGAAAACGCUUUUGUCACAGUAAAACAGAUUUUAUCAUCAGAGCCAUGUUUGACUGUUUACGAUCCGCAAAAACCCUCGAUUCUUUCUUGCGAUGCUUCAAAAAAAGGUCUUGGAGCGGUGUUACUUCAAGUUGAAGGAGAAAACAAGAAACCUGUGGCAUAUAUAUCUCGGACUCUAACGCCUGCUGAAGAAAACUAUAGUAACAUUGAGAGAGAAGCGCUUGCGUGCACAUGGGCAAGUGACCGUUUGAAAUGUUUCCUGAUGGGUAAAAUGUACACAAUUGAGACCGACCACAAACCACUUGUCUCAAUUUUCAAAACACAAAAUUUGGACGAGCUCUCACCGAGGCUACAGCGGUUCCGAAUGCGUAUGAUGAGAUACGAUUAUCGCAUGACCUGGACCCCAGGAAAAGACCUUGCCAUAGCAGAUCUACUAUCAAGAAGUCCUAUUCCGGCUGACGAAGAUGGCGAAUUGACCGAAGAAGUGGAAGCCUUCGUCCACGAAAUCAGUCUGAUUAGUAUAAACACUACAGAUGAAAAUGUGACAAAGGUACUUCACUCACAAAUGAGAGAUCCAAUCUGUGCACAACUUAAGUUACAAAUUUUAGACGAAUGGCCUGUAAAAUCAAGUUUACCUAAUGAGAUUCAAGAGUACUUUAAUGUGAAAGACGAGUUAAGUUGUAUUGAUGGGCUAUUGCUUCGAGGAACUCGGAUGAUAAUACCUCAAGAACUACGAGCGGAAAUGCUCGAGAGGCUUCACAGUGGACACUUGGGAAUCACAAAAACAAGGAAACGUGCUUUGGGAACCAUGUGGUGGCCUGGAAUUUCUCAAGAAAUAGAAAGGAAAAUCAAAUCGUGUCCAGUGUGUAUUCAGAACUCAACUAAUCACAGUGAACCAUUGAUUCCGAGAACUGUCCCGGAUUACCCGUGGCAAAAUGUGUCUGUUGACUUGUUCAAACACGAAGACAAGUGGUAUAUGGUUAUCGUGGAUCACUACUCAAGAUACUUUGAAGUCGAGGAAAUGCAUCGAAUGAGGGCUUCAGAUGUGAUUCGGGUUUGCAAAACCACAUUUUCACGUUUUGGAAUUCCUCAUUGUGUUUAUUCAGAUAGUGGGACACAAUUUCACCAUAUUGGCUCAAGUGAAUUUAAAUUGUUUGCAAAGGAGUGGGGGUUCUCCACAUUCAGAAGUAGUCCCCACCACCAUCAGGGAAAUGGGGCAGCUGAAGCAGCUGUGAAAGUAGCAAAAGGGCUAAUGAAGAAAAACAAGGAUAAAUUUGAACUUGCCCUACUUUCUUACCGGACCUCACCUCUUGAAACCGGCUUUUCCCCAUCUGAACUUAUGUUUGGAAGGAAAUUAAGAGACAAUCUUCCAUCUACUUUGGUUGGAAAUCCUGUGGAAAAUAAGAAUUUUCUUGAGAGGGAGAAUAAGUACCAGAAUAAGUACAAGAUACAAUUUGAUAAACGACAUGGAGCGAGUGGUUUAAGUGAAUUAGAAGUUGGAAGCAUGGUAUGGAUCACAGAUCUACGUCGACACGGUAAGGUAGUCAGGAAAUUGAACGAACCACGUUCCUACCUUGUGGAAACUGACAAGAGAACUAUUCGCCGAAACAGGAAGUUCUUAGUUCCUGCACCGUACUACGGAGGAGAUGGAAUUCUUUCAAACUGUUCAUCCAUGGUCCUUAAUCGUCCAUGCAACUCACGUGAUCGUCCAGGAGCUGGCACAGUAACCCGUUACGGAAGGUCCAUUAAGAAACCGAGGCGGUACUGA